AUGGACAGUAGCGGAUUAACAUAUAAUUCGCUCAGCGAGUUACAAGCUUUGAGCGAAAUUCCGCGAGAAUUGCUCAAUUCAUUUGAUAAGAAAAAUUGCGAAGAGUAAGAGUUCAAAGAUAGUAGAUAAUAUAAAAGAAAACUUUCAGAACUUAUAAAUCUUUCAAAAAGCUGGUGGAAGAAGCAAGAGCGGCACGUGGUGAUUUUGAAAGACAGUACAUUUUUUAUAUGCGAGGCGGCGAGCUAGCCAAACUGAUAAAAGAAAAAAACGGAUACAAAACUUUCAUUGUGAGUUGAUUCGAAUUUAAAAUUUUUGCAUCUUAUAAGUUUUUCAGAACCAGCCAAAAAAUAAGUUUGUCGGGCAAGAGUUUUACAAUUAUUUCAUGGAAUGUGUCGAUAAAGGAGGAGAGCUUCAAACAUUGUUAGCAAAAGUGAGUUUUUUUUUUUUUUGGUAUUUCAACUCUAUUUUACAGAAGUAUGAUAAUCGAAUAUUACGAUUGGAUAAAAAUGAGCGAGCUUCUUUGGAUUCUUCAUCGGACUGCAAGGAAAACGAAGGUUCUAAGAUUUCGGUUUCAAAGCAAAUAUAUUUAUUCUCAGGGCCUCAUGUUCUGCCAAAGUUCACAAUAUCUCCAAAAGAAUUAGUGAGAAUGGUCGAAAGCGAGAGGCCAAAGAAGAGCGCCAUGAUUUUCGAUUACCGGUAAAAGCAAGGAAAAAUAAACUUAAUUGAGCGAGUUUCAGGAAGGAUAAAAGUGAAAUUAUCCGUUACCCCAACGAUCAUCUCAUCACUGUAAUUCGGAUCCCAAACGAAUUGAUCGAGCCCAAGUUUGUUUUUCUUAUUACUUUGGUGAGAAAAAGUACACAUAAUCUGUGUUUUUUUUUUCCGAUUUAGACUAUCUAUUUUCGCGAACUUUUAAAGCAAAAAGACAUGUUAGCUGAGCCACGAUCCGUAACAUGUUCUUAACAAGAAAAUAAGCCUAAUUUCUUUCCUUCUGACUUUUUUCAAUAAUCUCAGACAUCCUGUUUAAUAUAAUCCUAGCCGUCUUCGCUUGGUUCCGACUUUUUUCUAUUUCAAGGCUGAUUUACACGCACCUGAAGCAAAAGCUGGACGUUGGACAAAGGACGUUGUUGGGUCGAUUGAACUCUUUCGACCACGUCGUUCUGAUGGAGGAAGACGAGCCGGCCAUCAAGAACGGAGACGCCGUCGCUGGGAGCAAAGCCAACAUUCUCUUCAAGGCUCUUUACGAGGUCCCUUCAUGGAAGUUUACUUGUUAUCCCGUUCGGUUUGCAGUACAGCGGAAAAGACAACGGACCGAAAAAGCGGCCGAUGUUCAUGGAGGGAGGCUAUGCCAUGUGGCGGCUCCAAUAUCCCACCUACACCUUCAACUUGGUAACUUUCUCUCUUCCUCCUUUUUUUUCAAUUUUAAAAUAUUUAUUCGUUUGAAAAGCUGUUUGUUUAUAGCGUAGGGCUGAACAUGUAACUGACUUUUUCGUGUUUAUGUGUAACCGAAAAAAAAAAAUUCAUUGAAAUCUUGCUUUAUUUUUGGUUAUUCCGUCCUUUAUUCCGUCCUUUAUUAUUUCUGAAAUUUUAUUCGCAAUGCUGACAUGAUUUGACUGAAUUCGAAGUAGAGGUCGAAUUUCAAAAGCUUAGUGUUUUUUUUUAGUUUGGACCUGAGUUCAACUGAACCUAAAUUUGAAAAAAAUGAGAAAAUAGCUACAAAAGGGAUCACUGAACCAGUUUUUUAAGGCGCCUUCGACACUCUCGGCUAGGCCAAUAGACGAUUUGGAUGACGCCGUCCAAAAGUACAAAAGAGGUGUUUCUCAAUCGAGAUACGGAAUUCAAUAUAAGUUCAGACGAAUCUCUAAACACGAUUGUGUAUCCCGACCUUUUCAACCUGCAAAUAAAGGAAAAGAGCAACGUGCUCACGGAGAAGAAGGCUGUCAAUCAGGGAAACGACAAUCGUCAGUUUCUAUCUUUUCCUUCACUAUCAAUUCAUGUAUUUGAUCUUUUCAGAGACUCGUACAGAAACGACUUUCUAUGCCGAUGGCGUUGGGCAGGUUGUUUUUCCGGCCCGAGGUUCUUUUUUGUCGUUUUCUUCAUCUUCUUGUCUUUUUCCAGGACCGUCCCUUCCUAAUUCAAAUAACGUCAAGAUCGACGGUCAAUCCCCAGCUGGUAAGUGUCUUUUGCCCAUUAAUUCCAGCAAUAGCUAAAGGAAUUUAUUUGAUUUUCUAGUGAUAACAACUUUUCCUCGAUCUCUCACCUUUCCAACGCAUUUUGUAGUCAAUUGUUAUGGAAAACUCCAUUUGUGAAUCUUUUUGCAGUAGUUUUUGAGAAGUUUCAUUCAAACCAAAAGAUUACACUCAGAUGUAUUUCCAGUCUGUAUUUUUCAGUAAUUCCUCCUCGUCCAACGGCGGCUGAAUUGAACGCCGUCCCGCAUUUGCCUCACAGGAACGGCCAACUGAACUCCGAAGAUUCGAUUUUGAAGCAAAAGGCUGUUUCCACUGAAUCCAGUAGGCACUUCCAAGUUUUUUCUUAUCGAAAAUGAUAAAUUUUUUGGAAUAGGGAAGAAUGAAAAUAUUUUUCACCCUGUAUCAGAAGUUUCUUUUUUAAUUAUUCUUUCCUUGCAAAGAUCAAUGUUUUCAGUUAUAAAUGACGUUGGUCCAGUCGCUCCCCCUUCUGUCGACCGCGCGAACAAACCUCCGCUGACCGUCCAAGUACCGGGAAAAAGCUGUCUUCCUUUGCAUUAGAGCGCAUUUCAGAGUCAGAACCCGCCGGGGUCGUUCGGAAUCCCCCUGCAGCCAGGCCUCGGCAAGCUUCCCAAGCUGAACGGCGGCGAAAAAACCAACGGUUUCUCCCAGACUCCGCCCACUUUACCCAAUAUGCCGCCAGUUCAACAAUCUGUGCCCUUCAAACCGUUCGUUUUUUUUUCAAUUGAAAGAAGACUAUAAUUUUACAAAAGUCCUGUAUUUCAAUAGCCGUGAAAACAGCUAUGAUUUUAAUUUUUCCAUUGCUGUAAAAGAAAAGAAAGUCAGAGAAAAGCUUAGUCGAAAUUUUGAAUUUUUUUCUCCCUUUUUUUUAGCUCGAAAAAAAGGUGAAUUUGUUUGUGAAAAUGAUUUUCCAUAUUUUUUUUUCACAAAUUUCAAGGAUUUUAGGAAUAUUUCUCAUAGUCGCUGUCUACGAAAGUUUUACACUUCGCGAGGUUUUUGUAUGACUAUCUCUAAUUGAAAUUGCUGAUAAAAAAAACAUCCUCAGAAAAAUUUUCUCAAGUUUUCAUCGUUUUGUGUUUUGCAGAACUCCCCAACCGCCUCAACUAGAUCGAGGCACCAAGCCCCCAUUGGUCACGUGAGUUUCCUUCUUUGAACUGAAAUAAUGGUCAUCUUAAAUGAAGUUUGCGUAGGGCGCGUUCAUCUCUGAAAAAAAGGCUUUUUAUUUUGAAGCUUUCAGGCAAAUGCAACAUUUUUAUCGUAUUGCUCUUUUUUUGGCUAUCGGACAUCAUGAAAAAAGAAAAAGAAAGCUAGGAUUGAAAAAAAAGACGUGUGAAGAACCGAAAUCGGCAUUACUAACUCAUUGUCAGUCAACUUGACGCGUCUGCGCUCCAACUUACUUAACUGUAUCUGCUGCUGCCGAUGGCGGCCUGAAUGAGACAGAAGUUGAUGAACAUGCUGCGCGGCCACUCGUCGUCGGAAAACGAGAGCGACGACGAGUUGGACGAGCGGGUCGCCGAGCACAAGCGUCGCUGGCCGCGCCUCAGAAGUGUCGGUUGCAGGCCCGAGCGCGAGGCCUCGCUCCUCAAGAUCUACGAACAGAUGCGUCUCGCCCUGGCUCAGUCUCCGUCCCGACAUGGGCAUCCGGUUCGUUUUCGGAAAAACCUUUUUUCCUUCUAUUCGCAGAGUUUUUGGGUCAAAGAAGCUUCUAUUUUUGAUAUCAAUUUCGAACCAAUCAUACCCACUUUUGUAUCAUUCUAUGAGAUAAUUUUGGAACGUGCAGUGUGACUUUACUAGAACGGAAAAGAAAAUGAUUUUUGGUUUGUUCUCUGCGAUCUUUUCUCAUUCUCUAUUUGAGAAUACGUUUUCAUCUUCUUAAUAGUUCACCGUCCUCAUGAAAACCAUUCCCUGUUCAGUUUUUUUUGUUCAGAUGCCUGGUCACACGGGUCUCUACAACAUGGGCAACACCUGCUUCAUGUCGGCGACUCUCCAGGUUGUUUUCUAUCCUUUUACUUUUCAAAAAACCUUUUAUUUUUUUUUUAUGAAAACAAACUUUUUCAGUGCCUCUUUCAUACACCACAACUGUGCGACGUCUUCACUCGGGAGAACUUUUUGUCUAAAAUUAAUCCGUAUGUUCCUUUUUUUAAUUUAAAGAUCAUCAUAGGAACUUUGCAGACAGAACAAAUUAGGAACGCAAGGCGUGAUUUCGGCUGUUUUUGCUGCUUUGGCGGAUAUCAUCUGGAGCGGUCAGUACUCGGCGAUCCGGCCUCAACGGUUUUUGGUGGGAUUUGAUGUUUCGAGUUUGGGACAAAAAGCGAAAAACAAGUCUCGAUUAUUAAUAGUGAUUCUUUUUGAUUCAAAAAAAAAACGUGUGAAAAUGCGACGAAAACAAAUUUUUGCAACAACCAUGUUUCUCUGAAAGUUUUUUUGGCUGGAUUGCUUGCGUUAUUUUUCUUGUCAUAUUCUCAAUGAUCAAAAACUAUACGGGUUCCAUAAUUCAAUCGAAAAUUUAAAUUCUUCGAUAAGUUUUAUUAUGACAGUAUUUUAUCGAAUAUUCCGAGUUCCAACACAUUUUUUUUGGUUUACUCGGGGUGGAUACUUAGUGAUUUUCGCUUUGACUUCAUCUGAUGCCUGAAAAGUUACUAUUUCGAUUUUUGGCCCUUUCAGCAACUUUUCGCGAGUCAAGUGAAUUCCUCGCUUGCCGACGGCGAGCAACACGACGCCAGCGAGUUCCAGUUGUUCCUGCUCGACGCCCUCCACGAAGACACCAACCAGGUCUGUCGUCCUCCCGCCUCCCCGGACGCGCCCCACUUGCAGGUCAUCAACCGCGUCUCCUUCGAGCAGAACUAUCGCGGCGGCGACCGGAUAGCCAAGGACGCCGAGGAUUAUGCGCAGAAGAGCCGGAAGUUCGCCUACUCGCCCGUCAACAAAAUCCUCAAUGUAUGAUAUCAUCAGUGUUCGAAGCAGAGGACGAGAUCGUCGAUGAGGCAGUUUUAGCAUGAAUAUGGCUCUGUGGAUCGAUUGCGAAGAGAGAUUUAUUUUUCCGAAGCUUUUUAUUUAUUUUGAAAGCUCGCAAGCUGUGUGAAUGCCUUGGAAACAAGAGAUUCAGAUCCAAACGGUGUCCGAGCUGACGUGCGCCUCGUGUGCGGAGUCUUCGGCGACCUUCGAAGAGAGUACUCUGCUCUCGGUGGAACUGCCGUCGGAUGACCGACCCUGCUCCCUCACAGAGUCUCUCCGGUCGCAUUUCUCCGAAACGGUUGCGUAUAUGCACAUAUUAACAUGAAUUCUGUUCUAAAAACUUUUUGUUUAUACAUUUCAACGUGAACUCAUGCUUCAAUUUAAGGAUAGGCAAAAAGAUUUUUCAACUUUUUUUAAACGAAUUAUUAUCAAAAUGAUUCCGUAGUCUGCAAAAAUAUCUAUUUUUUUAUAAGGACAUUAGAAUGAAAGGGCUUUGUGGAAUAUUUGAGGCUUCCUUUUUAAAAAUCUAGUAGUUAUUUCAAUUCAAAUUUUCAUUCAGUAUGUCAAGAGGUUUUUGGCUAUUUACCUUAAAAUUCGAAAGUUCUUGUAUAGUUGAACGGCUUGUUUAUUUUUUAACAACUCGGUUUUGAGAGGCACAUUAUCUCAAGUCAUUUAUUUUCAGAGACUCGACGGCGACUGCCGAUGGAAUUGUCCAAGGUGUAAAAAGGCACGACCCGCGGUUCGGAAAACGAGACUCUGGACCCUGCCACCAGUACUGGUCAGUGCAUAUUUGGAUAUGGGAGAGACCUUUCGACGAUUUGAGGUGAUACAUCUGAAGAGGUUCUCCCUGGUGCACGGCGAGUACGUGAAGAACACGGCGGCCGUCGCUUUCGACACGAAACUCGACGCGAAUUCCUUUCUGCACGCUGCCGCGCCGCACGAAAAGCUCGCCUCCUACAAGCUCUACGCGAUUACGGUAAGCACUUUUUGUUUCUCAUUCGAACACGGUUUGAUCUAUUUCAAAAUGAAGCUGUGUAUAAAGUUUGACCAGCAAACUUUUUUUUAGCCCCAUGCUGAUUUUUUUAAUGGAACUUGACUGAAAUGUACCUUAGGACCGUCUAAUUUCAGAACAAUUAAACUUUUUGCGCAACCUACACGAGAAAUGAAAAAAAAAUGAAAGUUUUGGAGCUUCAUAACACCAAAAAAUGAUCUACGGCGAAAAUAUUUUUCUUGUUCUCAAACCAGGAAAUCCGAAAGUAAAUUUUUGCCAAGUUAUGUCAAAAGUUCAACGUGGGGCAAAGUUCCUUUAUAAGGCUUGUGUGAAAUUCCGAGCACCAGUUCUUUUUCUUUUUAUUACCUUUUCCUUGAUCAAAGCUUCUGCGGAGAAGUUUCAUUAUUAACGCGUUUUCCAGAACCACGUUGGUCGCUUGAACUCGGGUCAUUACACGGCUUUGGCGUCGCAUUUGAGGAGCGGAAAAUGGCUGCGAUUCGACGACGAAUCCGUUUCUUCGGCCGAGGUCUCCUCGGUCGACGUGAGUUUUUUUUCCCAUGUUCAGCGGCUUACCAAAAAGAAAGAAACGAAAAAGAUAUUUUUGAAUAGAAGUAGCUCUUGGAAUUUCUUUGAAUAUCUUCCUGUUACCAAACUCCACGUAGUUAUUUAUGAUAUCAUUUUGAAAUAAAAACUCAUGAAUUUUUAUUGGUACUUCGGUGAGUUGAUUUCUGUCUAAUAUUGACAAGUGCAAAGUUUGUAGCUGAAUAUUUCAAAAAUCUCUUCCAAUGGGAUUUUUUUAUGGCACAGAAUUUCAUGAAAGCAACAGAAAAAUAUAGGAUUAGAAAAGAAGCCAAAAACUAAUAAAAGUUUUGUCCAUAGCGAAAAUUUGCCGAAAGAUGGACAAUUGGCGAGUUCAAAAAAUUUUUUUAACGAAUUUUUUUCAAAAGGAUUUUUUGAAUCACUCAAGGUAAUAAUAAAUUCGUUCUGGUUUGGACAACUGAAUUUUCUCUUAUUUCUUCUUACUUAAUCUAUUUUCAUGAAAAAAAUUCUCAGUUAGGAUGCUAAAAAUCGAAAACUUGUGAGCUAAUCACAUAAUAGCCAUAAUUGCUUCAAAACAGUUUCAUUCCGUUAUUUUUCUACCUCAUUUUUUUGUUGAUGAACCGCCCGUGUCUCAUAAAUUACUUGCGCGGUGUCUGCAUGUCACUCCAAAAAAGGAUUUUUUGGGAAGACGUCCGCGACCCCGAUAAUGUUUCAUGUCCGCAGGGUUUUUGAUCCCGAAAGUGCGAACGGAUCCAUCAUUUUCGCGGCUUUUCUCACCCUUUUUGUCAGCCGUCGGACACCUCUUUUUUUUGGCCGCGUGCGCAAAUUUCGGCGAUUGUCUGCGUCGAGGCUUGCGACUUCCCGUGUUGAAAUUCAAGUUGAUAUGUUGCGUUUCCUUCAGGUCAAAUGUCAUUAUUUGAAAUUAUUGCCUAUGCAGCUUCUCUGCUGGUUUCUCAGUUAAGCUGAUUGAUCCACUUUUCAUCCAAUUACGAUCCAACGGUCGAAAUGUUCUUUUGAAGUAUCCUUUCUUACUCAAAAUAGAAUGAAUUUUCUCAUCAAUGACAGCUUUCUUUUCAGCACAAAUCUGCCUACAUACUGUUCUUCAAGCGACAAUGA